GGCAAAAGUUGUGUAACCAGCCAAACCGCUGGGGAACUGACAAACGUCACAAGACUUCCCGGAACUUGGUCCUCGCGGGCACCUCCGAGGCUGUCUGCGAGUCGAACCUGCAGAUUUGAAGCCGAACACGUCGCCGCUUCAUGUGGAAGCCGACUCGGCUGCCCGUCACACCAGGAUGAUGUCGCCCAACUUCGUCCAGAUCCGAUUCGACGACAUCCAGUUCUUUGAGCACUGUGGCGGCGGCAGUUUCGGGAGCGUGUACCGAGCCAGGUGGACCUCUCAGGACCGAGAGGUGGCGGUGAAGAAGCUGCUGAAGAUCGAGAGCGAGGCGGAAAUCCUCAGUGUGCUCAGCCAUCGGAACAUCAUCCAGUUUUAUGGCGCCAUUUUGGAAUCCCCAAACUACGGAAUCGUCACAGAAUACGCCAGCGGAGGAUCGCUCUACGAUUACCUGUCCAGUGAUGCCAGUGAAGAAAUGGACAUGGAUCACAUCAUGACUUGGGCGGUGGAGAUCGCCAGAGGAAUGCACUACUUGCACUCCGAAGCUCCAGUGAAGGUGAUCCACCGAGAUCUGAAGUCCAAAAAUGUUGUCCUCGGCGGCGACAGAGUCCUAAAGAUCUGUGAUUUCGGGGCGUCCAAGUUUCUGACGCACACAACGCACAUGUCCUUGGUGGGCACCUUUCCCUGGAUGGCUCCUGAGGUCAUCCAGAGUUUGCCUGUGUCUGAGACUUGCGACACCUUCUCCUACGGUGUGGUUCUGUGGGAGAUGCUGACUCGUGAGAUUCCUUUUAAAGGCCUGGAAGGGUUGCAGGUGGCCUGGCUGGUGGUGGAGAAGAAUGAGCGCUUAACCAUCCCCAGAGGCUGCCCUGUCCGCUUCGGCGAGCUCAUGAGCAAAUGCUGGAGGACCGAACCAAAAGAGCGGCCGGUGUUCAGGCAGAUCCUCUCCACGCUGGAGUCCAUGGCGCGCGACAGCCAGCUCUCUCAACAGUGCAACUCCUUCCUUCAGAGCAAAGCUGAAUGGAGGUGUGAGAUUGAAGCCACACUCGAGCGGCUGAAGAAGCUGGAGAGAGACCUGAGCACCAAAGAGCAGGAGCUGAAAGAGAGAGAGCGGCGACUGAAGAUGUGGGAGCGCAAGCUCAUCGAGCAGUCCAACAGCCCGCUGCUGCCCACCCUGGACAUCUACUCCUGGACAGAAGAGCAUGUGUAUUUCUGGAUGCAGCAACUGUUCGGAGCAGGAGACAUGCAGCUGUACGCAGACCUGUUCCGAGAGAAUCACAUCACUGGGAAGAUGCUGCUGCUGCUCACAGAGAGGGACAUGCGUGACAUGGGGGUUAAGUCUAAAGGUCACGCCCUGCACCUCAAGGGGGAGAUCGAGAAGCUGAUCCAUGACUAUCUGGGUCUGGUCCACUUCCCACCCCUGCUGAAGGAAGAGCUGGAGAGGAAAAUGGCCUCUUGUAAGACGGUUAACUUGGAGCUGGUUUUCGGCUACCACUGGAAGCCUGGGACGGGAACAAGUGACUGCAAGUGGAAGACGUUCAUGGAGCUGGACGGCGACGACGUGGCCGUGACCUACAUCAAAGACGUGGUCUUCAGCACCAACAGACAGGACGUGGAAGUCCUCCGUAUGACCAAGCCUCCGUUCGUGAUGAACAAGUGGAUCGUGGGGAUUCAGCCGGACCAGAAGGUGGAAUUCACUGUCAACUAUGAGAAUGACGUCAAGUCACCCAAGUCCACCAAGCACAGCUGCUCGGUGACGUGGAGCCUCUCCGGUGGGCAGGAUGUGAUCAAGGAGGUGGAGCUGCUCAUCGAGACCGAGCCAGCCAACAUGGAGUGGAGGAGGAGCAGGUCCAACUCCAAAGGUGAGGGGGACGUUUCAAGCCCCAGAACCUGCUCCCGACUCACGCUCUGUGCUCUCCUCCCAGAGGUCGACCCCUGGUGGAUGUACAACGUCAGGCAGCGACAGAUGAUGAGUCAGGAAUCGCAGCCGUCGCCGGGCGCCCACACCUUGAGCCCGUCUGAAGCGCGAACACUGCCCGAGUUCCUGGACGCCCACAGGAGCCGCCCAGAGUCCUCUUACGCCGCCGCGGUGCGGCGCUCCCCCAGGACCUCGCCCCAUUCUCCCUGGUCAGACUCGCGCUCCUCCUCCCCAACGCUGAGCCUCUGCAGCAAGCUCUCGCCACUGCACCUGGGCUCCAAGGGCAGCAGCCCGUCCAGCACCACUUCAGAGAGCACCUACGAGAAGGACCGGCCGCUCAGCGCCGGCGCCACCUUCGACCGCCGCAAGCUCAACUACUUCAGCUGCAGCCCGGCUCCGCAGAGGGGCGGGGCGGGCCGAGGCGGCCACGCUCAGGGUCGAACCAGCAGAACCCCCCGGCAGCCCGCAAGGCCUCGCUCCAACAGCUACAGCGCUCCGCAGCAGAACCGGCCGCUCAUGAUCCCAGGGAUCCAGUCGGUGACGGAAAACGCCAGCGUGGAAAGACAGGAAGCCAAAGUGGGAGACGGCGGCUGGAUCAGAGUGGAGCGUCAGAAACGGCCGCAGCGACCGGACAUCAAGCCGCUCAGGGGGCGACCCAGGAGGGGAGGGCGAGGAGGCCGCGGUGCCGGUGCCAGAACAUGACCGUCUUCAUACACAACCAGCCGCUUUUACAAAACAUUUUACCUUGAGAUGAUGUCACUAUUUAAUAUAAAUAUCUGAAGCUGUUUUUAUUUAUUGAACUGCUCAAACAUCCAAACACUGAGACUCAGGGAUCAGAAGAAGAAGAUUUUAAAUCUCUGACAAAGUUUAACAGGAGUUAGUGAAAAUAUGGCUGUGGUUUUUAUAUUUUAUACAUCUGUGCUUUCAUGUCACAAAAAGAAAUUGUUUUCAUUUCACAUUCAUAUCGGUAUGUUGCA